AUGGUCUCAUGUUCAUGUAUCAAUGAACUUUCAGACGAUAUUUUGACGAAAAUACUCUCUUGCCUCCCUAUCAAUUCCGCUGCUGCUACCUCCGUCUUAUCCACCAGAUGGCGUCACCUCUGGACCGGAGUCACCAGCUUUAUAGUCUUGUUCGAAACCGGCAAAGACGACGACGACGACAUCCUUUAUUUACAAAAGCUCAUAAAGCUGACCUCUUUGAAACUGCACAACUUUCAUAUUGAAUUAAAAUCUCUAUCUAACUCUUCGAAAACAACCAAUAUAAGAGAUCAAGUAUCAUGCUUCCGUGAAGUUUGCCGUCGAGAUGUGGAGAUUAUCAAUAUGUACUUCCCCGAUGAGGAAACUAGAUUCUUUCUUUUCGUGCCGGACUUUGUGUUCAGAACCAAAUCUCUGGUAAGUUUAAGUUUGGUUUGCAUGGAUAUUAAGUUUGAUAUGCCUGAAAAUGUAGCUAUUCAACUCCCUAAUUUGAAGAAGCUUCAUUUGCACCAUCUUUCGCACAUCCCUCCUUCACAAAAUCCAACUACAUUACUGGAAACAUCACUUGAUUUGGUAAGAACUAUCGACAAGACAUGGCCAAGUUUGUUAGAAGAAUGUGUAAUGUUAGUAACAAUCUUCACUUAACACUAGAGAAAAACUCUAAUAUAAUUGGUUACCUUACUUGUGACGUAGUAAAUCAUGGAGUUAUGUUUGGUAAUCUAGCCACUCUUACAUUGGAUUUGGAAGGGAUUGGUCUGAAUUGGUGGAAGGAUUUGCUGCAUUGUUUGCAAUGUUUUCCCAACUUAAAGAAUCUUGAUGUGCAACAUUAUUGGUUUAAAAAUAAUGAUGAUGUUGCAGUGGAGCACGUGAGUUGGUAUGUACCAAGUCAUGAAUUACCAGCAGAUAUGAUUGUUUGGUGAAUAAACUCAAAAGAAUAACAAUACGUGGAUUGUUCCUUUUGAGUAAUGCAACUGUUUUAGAAGAGCUUGACAUAGGAGUUGAUAUCCUAGAUGUGGUUGAAUCUAAAGAAGCUCGACUAAGUAGGGGAUGUCAUUUUUGUAAGUCCUUGUUCGACCUUCCAAGGGCCUCUUCAACAUGUCUCAUUACGUUUAAAACUGUUGAUAUGUUAGCAUUAAGUAUUCACUACCAACAUGGAAUUCUUCGAUAUAUCAACUUUACAACCUACGUUGAUUCACCACUUUAUUUGUUUUCUACAUGUAUUAUCGAUAUUAUU